UCACGUGAUUGCACGACCGUGAGGAACCGGUCCACCGCGUGGAUUUUGCGUGUGCCGCGGAGAGUGACACCCUGUAGCGCUACUCUUUCGCGCGGUCUCUUCCUUUCCCGUCAUGGCCACCACCUUUUGUGCACUUGCGGCGAGAGAAGAAGAAGAAACAAGGGCGCGCCUCAGUUUCGUCCGAUAAAGCUCGAGUGAAGCGGGCUGGCUGCGCUUAACUUUGGCAGCUCUUGGUGCUCCCACCGCUGGGUUUUUUUACGUGGAAGCAGAUUCUGCAACUGUCACAAUGAUGGCAUGAUUCUGACGUCAUUCUAGUGUAUAGCGGGCUCGCGGUCCAACGUGACGGUGCGAGAACUGCUCAACCUGGAGUAAAAGAGAGCGAGAGCACAACGCCAGCGGGUCUCUGUCGGGCGCAUCAGCAUGAAGGGUCGGCAGCUGGUAAUGAAGAUUUAGGCACCCUUCAAAAUGGGAGCCACCAUUGAAGACGCUCCCGAAGCGCUGCCGACGCCCGGCCACCGGAAGGUGCUCGGCCUGGUGUGGCGCACCGUGCGCGAGGCGCUGUUCCUGCUCGAAGUGGGCACGCUGUGCGUGCUCGCUCUGUUCGUACGCAAAGGCGUGUGCCGUUCGAAGGCAAGCAUGGAGGGCAAGACUGUCAUCGUCACGGGUGCCAACGCAGGCAUCGGCAAGGCCACAGCUAUGGACCUGGCAACGAGAAAGGCGCGCGUCAUCAUCGCCUGCCGAAACAUCGACAGGGCCAAACGUGCCGCCCAGGAGAUUUUCGACGCCACGGGGCAGUUGGUCGUGGUCAAGCAGCUCGACCUUGCGUCGUUCAAAUCCGUGAACGACUUUUGCGAUGACAUACUGAAGACGGAGUCGCGCCUCGACGUGCUCAUCAACAAUGCUGGCAUCGUUACAGAAUCCAAAGCAGUCAAGCUAACUGAAGACGGCUACGAAUUGUGCUACCAGUCAAACUACCUCAGUCACUACUUGCUAACAAUGAGGCUCCUAGGGCUGCUGCGCAGGAGUGCCCCGAGCCGGGUGGUCAACGUCUCGUCGGCCAUGCACCACCUGGGCACGCUGAGCAACCCCGACAAGCUGGCGCGCGGCUUGACACCCGUGCGGCACCCGACCGCCUCGUACGCCUGCAGCAAGCUCGCCCAGGUCGCAUUCACCCGCUCACUCGCGCACAAGCUGCGCCACACCGGCGUCACAGUGAAUGCUCUGCACCCUGGUGAUGUGAAGACAAACAUCGCGACCAACUCACCCGGGGGUCUCUUUUUCGGCUUCCUUUUGGCUCUUGGAGGAAAGACCGCCGAGGAAGGAGCCCAGACGUCCAUCUACUUGGCCGUUGAGCCCAAGAUGACCAAGGAGACCGGUCGCUAUUACUCGGACUGCCAGCGAGCGUGGAUAAGCAGGCAGGCGGCCGACCGGAGGCGAUGCGAGCGCUUCUUCUGGGAUUCUGCGCGCCUGGUGCGGCUCGACGAGGCAGAAGUCAAGGCUCUCGUGGAAAAAUAAUAAAAGCCGUUAUGGAGGCAGUCGGA